AUGAAGUUCGACGACCAGAAUGUCGAGCCUCCGAUGCCCAUCAAGUGGUACCCCAACCAGCUGGCCUACUACAUGACCACCCCCAAGAACGUCAUUCGCAAGUUCCCUCCCUUCGCCGCUUUCCAGAAGUUCCUCGUCUCCGAGACAGCCGUCGGCAACAUCAGUCGUCAGGAAGCUGUGUCUAUGAUUCCCCCGCUUCUCCUCGAUGUCCAGUCGCACCACACCGUUCUCGAUCUGUGCGCCGCCCCCGGAAGUAAGAGUGCUCAGUUGGUUGAGAUGCUGCACGCUGGAGAAGAGUCGCGUAUUCGCAAGGCUACAAAGCAAUACCAGGACGAGAAGGCCGAUCCCACAGCAGCUGCCGACGAGACUGUUGAGGGUAACGACUGGAGCGACGACGGUAGAGCCACUGGACUCUUGGUCGCAAACGAUGUCAACUACCAGCGCGCCCAGAUGUUGGUCCACCAGGUCAAGCGCCUGAACAGCCCCAACUUGAUUGUCACCAACCACGACGCUACCAUGUUCCCAUCGAUCGAGCUCCCCUCGGAUCCCGUCCCUGAGGGCCAAAAGAAGCAGGGCAAGUGGCUCAAGUUUGACAGAAUUCUUGCCGAUGUCCCUUGCUCUGGUGACGGUACCUGCAGAAAGAACCCCAACAUCUGGAAGGACUGGAUUCCUGGUAACGGUCUUGGUCUCUACAUCACUCAGGUUCGCAUCCUUGUUCGUGCCAUCCAAAUGCUCAAGGUCGGUGGUCGCGUUGUCUACUCGACCUGCUCUAUGAACCCUGUUGAAAACGAGGCUGUCAUUUCCAGCGCCAUUGAGCGCUGCGGCGGUAUCGAGAAGAUCAACAUUGUCGAUGUCAGCGACCAGCUUCCUGAGCUGAAGCGCUACCCUGGACUCAAGCAGUGGAAGAUCAUGGACAAGGAGGGUCGUCUCUGGAACUCUUGGGAGGACGUCGAGGACGCAAAGUCAAAGAAGUUUGAGGCUUCGCUCGAGCGUGUCGUUCCUGGCAUGUUCGCCACCGCUGGCCACAACCUUCCUCUUGACCGCUGCGUCCGCGUCUACCCUCACCAGCAGGACACUGGUGGUUUCUUCAUCACCGUUCUCGAGAAGAAGUCGGAGAUCAGAGCCAAGCCCGAGGCCGAGACCAAGUCUGCCAACACCGCUCCCUCGGUCGUCUCUAUCGCCAAGGAGAUCGCGUCCAAGCCCGAGUCAGAGGGUAUUAUCCCUAAGCUCGAGACCGUGGAGGAAUACGCCCCGCAUGACCCUAACCGCAUCGUUGAGACUGGUACUGCUUCUGCUGCUCAGCGCCAGAACAAGGAGGCCAUUACUGACCUCGAUACUGCAUCUAACAAGCGCGGCCUUGAUGAUGUCGGUGACUCUGCCGCUCAGGACAUCAAGAGAGUAAAGACCGAGAAGGACGAGGGUGUCGGUGCUGGUGCCGUCGGCGAGGUUGGUCAGAUGGAACACUGGCCCGUGCCUCCAUCCGCUCCUCUCAGACAGGACGAAGUCACCCCUGACGAGCCCGCCGCUAUUGCCGCAGCCUCCGCACCCCGUGGCCGUCGCAACAACCAGCCCCACGAAGAAGCCUUCAAGUAUCUCUCACCAUCGCACGAAGAACUCGACGGCAUCUUCGACUUCUACCAGCUCUCGUCCCGCUUCCCCCGCGACCGCUUCAUGGUGCGCAACGCCCUCGGCAACCCCGUCAAGGCAAUCUACUACACCACCGCUCUGGCCAAGGACAUCCUGACCAAGAACGAAGGCCGCGGUAUGAAAUUCGUACACUCCGGCGUCAAAAUGUUCGUCAAGCAAGACGCCCAAGGCCAAGACAUUUGCCGCUGGCGCCUCCAAAGCGAAGGCCUCCCCAUCGUCGAAGGCUGGGCCGGCGAAAACAGAAUCAUCCACUGCCACAAGCAACAAACCCUGCGCAAACUCCUGAUCGAGAUGUUCCCUCGCGUCAACCACGAGCACUGGAAGGAGUUGGGUGAGAUUGGCGAAAAGGCAAGAGAUAUCGGUAUGGGAUGUUGUAUUCUGCGCGUCGAGCCUUCGGAGCAUGAAGAUGGGUUCAAAGAGAGAUUGACGCUACCGCUGUGGCGCAGUAUCUCGAGCUUGAAUUUGAUGUUGCCCAAGGAGGAGCGUCGCGCUAUGUUGCUGAGGCUCUUCAAGGACGAGUCGCCGCUCAUUGAUCACAGUCAACAGCCUAACCGCAAGAACGCUGAGGCUACAGCUGCUGCAACAGCGGCACCAGAAACUGUUGUUGACAGUGAAGGUGGUGUGGCACUCAACGACACCGAUGCUGAUAUGGAGGAUGCAGAUGCCACUGCUCCUGUCGGCGAGUCCGGAGUCGCCACGGAGGAAUCAGGUAUGGCUACUGAAGAUGCACUUAGAGCACAACAACAGACCAUCGCCGAUGAAGAUCAAGCCGUAGCCGCAGCGCCAGAACGCGAAGGCGAGACUGACGAAGCCAACACUACCGUCUAA